GCUCCUUUCCUCCCUGCGGCGCCGAAGGGGAUGCGCAGCGCGGAGCUCCGCGGACGGCAGCGCCGGGCCGGGGGGGGGGGAGCGGCUCCCGGCCCCUCUGCACCUCAACACCUCCCGGCUUCCGACCCCCCGGGAUCCGAACCCCCCCCGGAACCGCUCCGGUGCCCCCCGAGCCUCUCCAGGACCGGGAAACGGCCGCUCCAUGGCCGCGCAGAGCCGAACGGAGCAGCGCCGGAGCGGCUGAAGUUGGAGCGGAGCGAGGGAUGAGCGAUGGAAGGAGCCGAACCCGGAGCCGCCGCCGCCGCCGCCGCCGGAAUGGUUCGGGAAAAGGCAACGAAGAGCGGGAACCACCCGGAGCUUUGCGGGGAGGCUGCGGGGAUAUCCCGGCCACUUCGGCCUUCAAUCCCGGCACCGCUCCGAACGCUGCGCUCCGGGCAGAACCAGUCCCGACCGGACCGGGGGAGGGGGAUUUCUGCCGCCGCAUCCUGGUGCGAGAUGCCAAAGGGACGAUCCGGGAGAUGGUGCUCCCCAAAGGCCUGGACCUGGACCGGCCCAAACGGACCCGCACGUCCUUCACUGCCGAGCAGCUCUACGGCCUGGAGCUGCACUUCCAGCGCUGCCAUUACGUGGUGGGCCGCGAGCGCUCCGAGCUGGCCAGGCAGCUCCGCCUCUCCGAGACGCAG